UAAUCCAGUUUGAGAGAAACGUCAAAACAUCUUGUAUGUAUCUUGUCAUCCAUCAAAGGUUUUUGUACUGUCUACUGUCUAUGACUUAUUUUAACAAAAUCUUAUGACGGAGUGAUGGGAAAAAAUCUAGACCAAACAAUAAAAAGUAACAACAUUUUCUCAGCUCAUUAAUGAAGAUGAAUCAUAAUUAUCCAGUGCGUUGCCUGCAGUCGUAAUGUACACCUUGACUUUCUGCCAAAGAUGGUUGUGAAAUAGUUGUAUCUGUAUCCUGUAAGUAGAAAUAACAAUUCAGACAGUAAUCAGAAACAAUUAAUAAUUAAUGCCAUGGGCAUUUGUUCAAGAAGAAACGUUUUCCUUUCAAUAUGCUUUUUGCAAAUGGUAGCUGUGGUGGAAAGACAGGUGUUUGAUUUCCUGGGUUUUCUGUGGAUUCCAAUAUUAGUCAACUUCUUUGAAAUAAUAUUUAUCAUAUUUGGUUUUUUUGGUGCUUACCAAUACCGCCCAAAAUACAUCAUAGCAUAUUUAUUAUGGCACCUUUUCUGGAUUGGCUGGAACAUUUUUAUGAUAUGUUUAUACCUAAAUGUUGCUGGAUUAGACCAUGAGAAAAACAAAGUGCUCAAAUUAGAUUUAAGCAGUGAUAGCUGGUGGAAAAAGGGUGGACCAGGAUGUAGAGUUAAAAAUGUAGAUUCUGAAGAAUAUGAGGGAUGUUUAAUCAAUUAUGUACAUGUGGAAAUAGUCCAAGCUGGUAUUCAAUGUUUUUUAACUGUUUUUAACAGCAUCAUUGGAAUAUGUCUUAGUCGUAUGUUCAUGGAAGAAGAUGAUACCUCGUCAUGUAAGUCAACUCGUAAGAAUAAGAACACAAAACCCCGUCUUUCGCUUUACUCCAUUGAAUUCAGUUCCCAACUCGAAAACAGACAAAACGAUAGCGACAACGAUUUCGAUCAAGUACCUACCCCAGUCUCUCCUAAGCCAAUGACUCCCCGGAGGGUAAAACGGCGAAGUGUGAUGACUAGGGGAUCUUCAGGUCGACACAGCACUAGCAGUCAUCGGUCACAUACCAGAUCAUCGACAAGGUCAAGGAAAACAGCCCAGAAUCCAGUAACAAGAUUAUUAGAGCAGCAGCAAAAAAAGCCGUAUGAUAGUCCUUCUAGUCUUUCUCCAAUUGAGUCGCCGUUAUCAAAUUAUUACAUUUCUUCUAAUAAUAACUUAAUGGCUCAUCAGAACUGGCCCAUUAAUGCAGGUCAUACAAAUCCAAACUAUCAACAAUCUUCUCAGCAGAGCCUAAAUGAAACAGAAGAGCUGGAUGAUUUAUACAAUAAUAGACCUGCAUCUGUUAGAUCCAGUUAUUCCAAUUUUCAUGGUACAAGGGCCUUGAACUACUCGCCGCCAAAACAUUACCAUAGUCAUGCUACUCCUCAAGUACCUCAGAAAAGGGGACAAUCCAGUAGAAGCAGCAUGAGAUCUAUGGCAUUUUUGAACAACGGUCCUCCUGCUUAUACCUCCCAUGGUCAAAUUCCUGGAGACUCAGAAACGCCCAUGUAGGUAGGUACUCUUAUU